CAAAAGGGGAUGAGCCUUUGCCACCCACCAUGAAAUGCCUGACCAGUUUGAAGCUAGGAUGCGUUUGUUGGAUGGGACGAAGAGCAGCAUCCGACAUAGUCACUUUGCACCCAAGCAUCAGUAGUAAACACUGCUCUCUUUCACUGGAGCCGACUUCCGCUCCACCAGUGGCCAAGGACUUAGCAGACAAGGAUUCUAAAGUCAAGGACGGUGACAGCGUGGCUAUUAGCUCAAGCAGGAAGCUCAUUGGUUGCACUAUCACUGAUCAUAGCUCUAAUGGGACUUGGGUGCUUAAGAAAAAAAGGAGACACCUACCUCAGGGUGCUUUGAAAUUGAGGCGUGGGCGACCAACGAGAAUCAACCAUGGUGACAUUAUUUAUUUAUUAGCUCCCUCUCAUUCGGACAGCUCUGGUUACAGGUAUUGCCUAUCAAAUGGGCCGGGAAAAGGCGAAAUUGUUGUAUGUCAAUUGGAAAAAGAUGUAGAUGAACGCCUUGGCAAUGACAAAACUGAAAUCAAAAACAAUACUAAAGAUGAUGUAGCAGUUACGAACCCUAAUAAAAGGAGAUUAGAAUUCAUAGAUCUGACUGUAGAGACAAAAUCAAAGAUGAUACGUCUUGAAGAAGAGGAGAAGGAGGACAAUGAAAUUUUAUUGGAAGACUUAGAAAAAUGUCCGUUAUGCUUAAAGGAUUUCCCUCUCUCUGUCCUAGUAGAACAUGUUGACAAUUGCACUGACAAUACUAGCAUUGAAGGUGGAGCUACACACACAACUAGUGAGGAUAAUCCUGACUCUGAAGAAAUACCCAUUGAGCUAUCCAAAUGUGUUUAUUGUGCUGAUGAGUAUCCACUGACUGAACUUGUGCUUCAUGUGGAGUCAUGUGAUAAAAAGAAAAGUACAAUUGAUGCUUAUAGUCACAUAAGUCCUACUUCAUCCCAAGAACCUUUAGAAAGAUGUAUGAAAUGUUUUCAAGACUUUCCACUGAAUAAGUUGAUAGCUCAUUCCUCGUCAUGCACUGGUACAAUACUAGGGACCAAUGAUGAGAGAUUUAAAGACUUUGUACCAUCAGUAUAUGAUGUUGAUGCUCUGACACUGGUUGUCCUCACUCCCAUUCAACAAAGAGCUGUUAAUUAUGUACAAGAAGUAUCAAGGAAAGCAGCCUAUGAAGAGUACCCGAGCCUCUGUGAGAAGGUAAUCAAAUUAGGAUACACACCAAAGGACUUGCAGAAGGUCUUCCAUUGGGUGAGGAGUAAUGCUCCAAUCAUUAUACACAUCAAUCUUGAUAGGGUCCUCUCGUUCUUAACCAAAGACACACACUAUCGUAAUCUGUUUGAGAUUGGGACAGGAGGAGGUUCCACUGAUACUACAGCAAGACGCUCAUGGGAGGUAAAGAGUAAUACCGUACACGUCUUAAUUUUCGAGGUGUAUUAAA